CGCGAAAACGUCGCGCGGCUCGCAAAAAGUGAAAAGAAUUAUUCUUUUAAAAGCGAGGAGAACACAAAACACGAAAAAGUUUAAUCGCAAAUUUCAACUGCGGGCGUGCAUGUGAAAAUUUUCGAUUUUCGUAAUAUUUUUGUCAUCUUUUGUGUGAGAUAACGUUAUCAGAAGGUUUCUUUCUCGGUGUGAUUUCGUUUCAUCUCGAUUACGUGUGUAGUUUCGGUGUCUGUUGGACUCGGGACAAGUCUCGCAAAACAAAAUUAUUUAGACUCGGUCUCGGAACAAAGCGUGGUUGUUAGCUGGAUAUCGAUUGUGGUGCCGAUUGUGCUCCCGUGUGCAGUGGUCAGUUUCGUUGGCGAGUUUCCUCCGACGACGGUUAUUCCGGAAGUCGAGGAAGUGGAAGCGUUAUUAUUCGGCGUCCGCACGGAUCGCAGCAAGUGGUGCGACCGUCGUUGUCGUGGCAGUGGCUGGGCGGCCGUCACUACAAUCCCACCCGUUUUGAACUUAGCCGAUUGAGGCGGCUGAGUCUGCUGGCCACCGUUGCCGUUGGCAGACAGCGUUACUGAGGAGGGCACCUUCAGCGAUUGGCUUGACACGAGAAGGGCAGUGUUGCUACCGUUGGUGUUGUUGUUGGUUCCGGGACCGAGCAGAUUGUUGGUACUAUUUGUUUUGCGUGGAGACAAAAGUCCAUUCGCGGUUAGCGUCGUUCCUGCCGCUGAAAGGCGUCGACUCGACUGGCUGGAUCGGGCGCUGCGGGUCAGGAUUCUUUCAACUAGCCACAAGUAAAAGAACAGCAACAACCCGGCGAAGCGACGACGCAAAAUGGGUCGAAAAGUGACGGUUGCGGUGGCCACCCUGAACCAGUGGGCCCUGGACUUCGAGGGUAACAUGUCUCGAAUCAUGGAAUCGAUUCUGGAGGCACGGGAGCUGGGCGCCACCUACCGGACCGGGCCGGAGCUGGAAGUGAGUGGUUACAGCUGCGAGGACCACUUUCGGGAGCCGGACACCUACCUGCACUCGUGGGAGAUCCUACUCGAGAUCAUGAUGUCCCCGGUCUGCCAGAACAUGCUGAUCGACGUCGGAAUGCCGGUUCAGCACCGCAACGUAUCGUACAACUGCCGGGUAGUGUUCCACAACAAGCAGAUCCUGUUGGUCCGCCCGAAGAUGGCCAUGUGCGACGAUGGAAAUUAUCGGGAGACGCGCUGGUUCACCGCCUGGACCAAGAAACGCCAAGUGGAGGACUACUAUUUACCACGCAUGAUUUCCGCGGCCACCGGUCAGCGUACGGUUCCGAUUGGGGAUGCCGUGAUCGCCACUCGGGACACCUGUCUGGGAUAUGAAAUCUGCGAAGAGCUGUGGAAUCCGCACAGCACCCACAUUGAGAUGUCCCUGUCCGGGGUGGAAAUAAUAGUCAACGGCUCCGGUAGCUACAUGGAACUGCGAAAGUCUUACAUAACCACGGAUCUGAUUCGGAAUGCCAGUUUCAAAGCCGGUGGUGCCUAUCUGUUUAGCAAUUUGAGGGGUUGCGACGGUCAGCGGGUUUAUUUCAAUGGAUGUUCGGCGGUAGCUCUCAAUGGUCAGAUCGUGGCCAGGGGAAAGCAGUUUGCUCUGGAAGACGUGGAGGUUACGACGGCAACGAUCGACCUGGAGGACAUCCGCUCGUAUCGAGUUGCCUUGCGUUCCCGCUGUACGGUCGCCGCUUCGACUCCAACAUAUCCCCGAGUGGACGUGAACUGUGAAUUGUCGCACCCACUGGAUCUGAACCUGGCAACGAGUUCGCCAAUUGAAGGAAUGUAUCAUACUCCGGAGGAAGAAAUUGCCUUAGGUCCCGCUUGCUGGUUGUGGGACUAUCUUCGCCGAUCUGGUCAAGGAGGAUUUUUCCUGCCAUUGAGCGGUGGUGUGGAUUCGAGCAGCACUGCCAUUAUAGUAUAUUCGAUGUGUCGCCUUGUAGUAAAAUCUGUUUCGCUCGGAGAUGUUCAGGUGUUGCACGACAUCAGAAAGAUACUCUGCGACCCGGAGUUCGUGCCGGACAGUCCAGCUGCCUUAUGCGGUCGCCUUUUGGUAACCUGUUACAUGGGAAGUGAGAAUUCGAGCGAUGAAACCAGACGUCGGGCUAAUGCUUUGGCAAGCCAACUUGGCAGUUAUCAUUUGGAGCUAAAUAUCGAUGGGGCUGUGAGCGCCCUGCUGGGGAUAUUCCAGCUGGUGACGGGAAUGAAGCCGGUGUUUAAGAGCAAGGGUGGUUGCCCCAGGCAGAAUUUGGCGCUGCAAAACAUUCAAGCCCGCACUCGAAUGGUUUUGUCCUAUCUAUUUGCUCAGCUUAUGUUGUGGGUAAGAAACAGGCCCGGUGGUCUCUUGGUUCUCGGGUCGGCCAAUGUUGACGAGGCCUUGCGAGGAUAUAUGACCAAAUACGAUUGCUCCUCGGCUGAUAUAAAUCCCAUCGGAGGAAUCUCGAAGAAGGAUUUGAGAAGGUUCUUGCUGUACGCUAAAGAGAGAUUUGAUUUGCCCAUAGUGGGUGAAAUUGUGGAGGCACCUCCAACGGCCGAGUUAGAACCACUGCGGGAAGGUGUGCUAGCCCAAACGGACGAAGAGGAUAUGGGCAUGACGUAUGACGAACUGUCCGAGUUUGGCCGCCUAAGAAAGCAAUCGUUCUGCGGACCCUACAGCAUGUUCUGCAAGUUGGUGUCCACGUGGCGCGACAACUGCACCCCUAGAGAGAUUUCCGACAAAGUGAAGCACUUCUUCCGUUGUUACGCCAUCAAUCGACACAAGAUGACGGUGCUGACGCCUUCGUAUCAUGCGGAAUCGUACAGCCCAGAUGAUAACCGCUUCGACCAUCGUCCGUUUCUGUAUCGUGCCAACUGGAGCUGGCAGUUCAAGAGCAUAGACGAAGAGCUAGAACGUAUCAAUGCGGGACCAGUGGCCCCACCAUCAGCUUCAUCGGCCGGUGGUGGCGUCGAGGAUCUUAGCAAGCCGGGUGAUGAUGGCGGAAGUCCUCAGUCAUCCGGCAGGGGUGCAGAUAGCUCUUCCCCGGUGUUUUUCAGAAGUGCGGAACCGACCACUACGGGAAUGAGCACCGGCGGAAGUGCCCAUCAGUUGAAUAAUCACCAUUCCGGGUACGUUCAUGAACCGCUGAAGCUGACCAAAUCACACAGCAGCGGAGGUUACUCCAAAAUGCAUUCCAGCGUGAUGGGAAAAAUCAAAGAUCGUACCGGAGUGCCUGUUUAGGCUUGAAAGAGGAUCCUAUAUUUUUACAAAGACUUUAUGCUUGGUUAUAGGAAUUUUAAACUUUAAACAAUAUAUCCCGUAACAAAAGAACUCUAAGCAAUUGUGAAGGCCAGAUUUUAGCUACCAAGUGUGAACUUUCCAAAUUUUAGAAUCAAGAAACUUUUCUGACAAACUGUUUCAAGAAACCGAUAGCCUCUUGAAUGAAAUGUGAAUCUAGCUAGUUCCUCUAGAAAAUCGUGCAUUAUUUCAAUAGGAAGUUUUAAAAUGUAAAACCACAAUAUACUUAUUCAGCAUUCGUGAACUCAAGCGAUUAGUGAUAUACCUUUUACGUGUAGAUCGAGCAGCUAUAACUUAACACAAAAAAUCACUAGCAUCAAUAAAAUUACUAUUGAAGUAAUCAAUUCCAAAGUGAACUUUUAAGCAAGCGCAAAGUCCUGAUCAUAAAAGGAAGCUGAGCACCUCAAAUAAAUACACUCAUAAAAAUAGCUAAGGAACAUCCAGUCACAACGAUCGUCAACAAUAUCGCAACUUAAGUAACCGUUUUUCUAAAACUGAGCAGACCUCAAGGAAAAAUAGAAAAUUAGUAACAAAGUUUGUAAUCACUUACACUUACAUGUUUGUAGCACACGCCUCCACGUAUUUUUAGAUUCGAAUUAUUACUUACUGUUGUUGAGUCAAUUUUUACAUUCAAACUAGCCUUUAGCGAAACAUAUUGUUACCAGAAUCAGACACACGGCAAAUAAAUUUUGACACACAUCAACACUCAACAACAAUAAUAACAAUAAUAAAAAAAAAGUUUAUGAAACAUUCAUUAUUCAUUAUUAAUACAAUUUAAUUCAAACGGACAAGCAAACACACGUUUUAGGGAUCAAGUUAGGAUGAAACGAAAUCAAGUAGUAAAUCACACACCGCCCAAAGAGUAGCAGGAUGGGUUAUAUAAUAAUCUAUGUUAAGAAAAAUAAAUCGUUAAAAAUAGGAUAGCUAAAACUUUAGAAAGUUAAUGAGAUACCUAUUCCUU